AGGUGAGUUUUAUUGAUGGGUGUUCUUGAUAACGAUUACUUAAUAACAGCUGGAGAGCAUUCACGGUGCAGUGGUAGUGUCGUUGGUGAAACACACAGAGGACGUGCCACACUCCCAACCAGACAACCUUCAAACUGCUAUCGUUUGCUUAUAAAAAUCGAGAGAGUUCCAGUAGCCGAUCGCAAUCGUAGUUUGAAGACGUACGACGUUAAACCGCCAUCAGCGAUGGAACGAACCGGUAUAGUGAUUAUGCUACUCACCAACCUGUUGUUGGUGGGGAUUGUAACAGGAGAGCGACAAUUUCCCGCACACUUCCAGUUUGGAGUUGCCACUUCUUCCUACCAGAUCGAGGGCGGCUGGAAUGAGGAUGGCAAAGGGGAAUCGAUUUGGGAUCGGUUAACGCACGAAAAGCCACACAAAAUUGCUGAUCAAUCGAAUGGAGAUAUUGCGUGUGAUAGCUAUCAUCAGUGGCAGCGUGAUGUGGAGAUGGUACGUGAGCUUGGGGUGGAUUUUUAUCGAUUCUCGCUCGCCUGGGCACGUAUUAUGCCCACCGGGAUUAGUAAUGAGGUUAACCGAAAGGGUAUUGAGUACUACAACAAGCUCAUCGAUGAGCUGCUGAAGUACAACAUCACACCCAUGGUCACUCUGUUUCACUGGGAUCUACCACAACGGCUGCAGGAUAUGGGAGGAUGGACGAAUCGAGAAAUUGUAGAGUACUUCCGCGAGUACGCCAGGGUUGCUUUCGAGCACUUUGGCGAUCGGGUAAAAAUUUGGGCAACGUUUAACGAACCAAAGCAACCGUGCAAGGAAUCGUAUGAGCAAGAUGCGAUGGCACCGGGACUGGAUUUCCCUGGUGUGUAUAGUUACCUCUGUUCGCAUCAUGUACUGCUGGCUCAUGCAGAGGCCGUCAAUGUAUAUCGAUCGCAGUUCCAGGAAGCACAGAAAGGUAUGAUCGGUAUGGUUGUGGAUUCGGCAUGGCAUGAACCAAAUUCGGAUGAUGAUCACGAGGCAUCUGAAAGAGCGAUGCAAUUUAAUAUCGGCAUCUACAUGCACCCGAUUUAUCAUGGUAACUAUCCACCGGUUAUGAUUGAGCGUAUCGGAAAUUUGAGUGCCCAGCAAGGUUUCCAUAAAUCUCGUCUGCCAAAGUUCACUGAGGAAGAGAUCCAGAAGAUCAAAGGGUCAGCAGACUACUUUGGUUUUAAUGCUUACACCUCACGCUUGGUAUCGGACAACGGUGAUUCCAACCCGAGCCAUUUCGUGGAACCUUCCUUCGAUCACGAUCGCGAUGUGGUGGAAUACAUUGAUCCGAGUUGGCCAUCAACCGCGUCGUUCUGGCUGAAGGUUUAUCCUAAAGGACUUUACAGUGUGCUGAAGUGGAUUCGUGAUGAGUACAAUAAUCCUCCGGUCUGGAUUACUGAGAACGGUAUGAGUGAUGUUGAUGGGACGCGCGAUCUUCAGCGUGUGGAGUACUUUAACACGUACCUGGACGCGGUACUGGAUGCGAUCGAUGAGGGAUGUGAUGUGCGUGGUUACACUGCCUGGUCGUUGAUGGAUAACUUUGAGUGGCGUGCCGGAUACUCGCAACGGUUUGGACUUUAUUAUGUCGAUUUCAACGACCCAGCAAGACCCCGGUAUGCGAAAACGUCGGCUAAGGUGUACGCAAACAUUGUGAAGACGCACAUGAUUGAUCCGGACUAUCUGCCAGAUCCGGACGUUUUGAUUCCGGAUGGCAAAUAGGCAUGCAUAGACACCGGUGAAUGAAAUACAGAUAUUAUAUUUAAAUAAAUUGCAAGAAAGUAAAAAAU